GAGCGGCGCUAUGGCUGAUGAGAAGAAAGCGCAGCAAGCCUCCAAGAAGGGCGCGAAGAAAAUUAUCAAGAAAGCGCCAGCGAAGGGAGGCAAGAAGAGGAAGCGGACCAGGAAAGAAAGUUACUCCAUCUACAUCUACAAAGUGAUGAAGCAGGUUCACCCCGACACCGGCAUCUCCUCCAAGGCCAUGAGCAUCAUGAACUCGUUCGUCAACGACAUUUUCGAGCGCAUCGCGGGGGAGGCUUCCCGCCUGGCCCAUUACAACAAGCGCAGCACCAUCAGCUCCCGGGAGAUCCAGACCGCCGUGCGGCUGCUGCUGCCCGGGGAGCUGGCCAAGCACGCCGUGUCGGAGGGCACAAAGGCGGUGACCAAGUACACCAGCUCCAAGUGAGGGACCGCAUUGCACUGAAACAAACACAUCCACAACCCAAAGGCUCUUUUAAGAGCCACCUACAACUUCCGCGAGACCGCUGAACCAUUUUUUAAAGAACUGUUUGUUUUAGUUUACAUAUGAUUCUUGAUAAGGUAUUUUAACUUUUCGUACUGCGUUCGCUUUUAUAAUUGUUUUAAAAUUUUGAGAGACGGGAAUGGGGGUGUGGAGAUUGAAAUACAUCACAAACAGCCCCUUCCCUUGUCAGUAGAAAGACACCGGUGAGUCAUUUUUAUAAGUGCGGUGCAAAUUGACGAGGAUUUGGGGGGGACUUCAUAAGCUCUGGAGAGAGAGCUGAUGAAACAAUAUGGAGUCAUUUUUCACCUUUAAUUGUUCAAGUUGCGAAAGGCCUUGGUGGAAUGAUAACACUUCUUUUAACUCUGGUAAACCAAACGGAAGUGCCCACAGCUUACAGUCCCACGAAUUGAUGUAUUUUACCCUUUUUAAAAACAUUGACAAUGCGCGGAUUCAAUCCGAUUUUUCAGAAUACAGAAGGCAAAGCACUUUCUGCUGUCGGUGAGAGGCUUUCAAAGUGAACCCAGAGAACGCCAAAACAGCUGCCGGACUGAAAUGUGAAAUCUGGAGAUUUUUGCUAAAUCUGAUAGAGACCGAUAAAGGAGGGCAACUUUAAAACAUCGUCUAAACACCUUGUUCGCCAUUGAUCCUGAGCCGGAAGAACGCCGUGUGCUGCUUUAUCAGCAUGCCGAAGUGUUGUUCAAAUGUGAAGUGAAAAGACAGGUUGCAGACUGCAAUGUUCGGCCCGUUUUGUUUCAGCCACUUUUCAAGGUUUAAAAAACAACCCACACUCAAGAUCAGAAAUGGACAGAUACUCUCGCAAAUUUGCCCACCUGUAAGACCGUGUGAACCACACAUUUGUAAACUAAAAGUAAAUUAACAUGA